CCGGAAUCGGCGAAUUUAUUCCAAGAUGCGUUUCUAUGCCUGAAGUGUUGUGCCAUCCAUCCCAGGCUCCAUAUUGUUGAAACAUCUGACAUUAAUGCACCGAACUCAAAUUCCCAUAAAUCUAAUGGUACAAUAAUGUAACUAAUGUAACUAGAACGUGCGAAUGUGUCACUUUCAUCAUUAAUUUCUCGGGCAUCAGUAACUUAUCGUGACAUGAGUGACAUGCUAUGCCCAAAAUUAACUGAACGUAAUUUCCAUCAUUGACAUGCAUACAUUUAAAAAAACGAUUCUGGUAUUGUUUCCUAAUUGAAACGUGAAAAUAACAUUUUUAGUUACAAAAUAAAUGGAUUCAACAGGCUCGGGUUCGCCGGUGUUGACAGAAUCAAAGGACGAGACCCAGAAAGGCGAUGAAGAUGUGGCGCGUGCAGUUGCCGAAGAUGGAUUGGCGUGUAGAGGUGGCGGCAUGCCUGCCGGCGUGGUGACGGGGAAGGGUGACCGGCUGCACAUUAAAACGCUGGUCCACGAGUCGGUAAGGCUGCGUGAAAGUAAAUGCCCCAACUGCGGACUGCCGAAGAGUCAUAAGAGAACCAGGCUGAACUACAGCCGGUUCGCCUGCCCGUGUGACGUGGACGUGGGUGUCAGGGGGGAGGAGGCGCGAGAGGACAUCAGCCGCUACGGCGUCGACAACACGUUGAAACCAAGUGGGGACAUUGCGUGCUGUGGGGAUUGCGACCAGUCCAUGUGGGUGGACGAUCCGACCCCAAUAGUCAGCUUGUUGAAGGAUGGUCCUCCCGAGGAAACGCCUGUGCCUUCUCAGAAAGAGGAGGUAUUUGAAAAUGGCGUUGGUUCCGUUGAAGCGGUCGACGGAGUUGUGUCUUCUAAUACCAAUAACUCCGCCAUCGGACCAGAAAAGGGGCGCAUGGACAACUUGUUCACUGGCCCGCAGCUGCUGGCUUCUUCUGCUGCAGCUCAGGGCGUUGGGAGAGUACGAAACGCCCAUCUUUCAGGGUGUCACAGCGUGACACGUCGUACACAGAGCACAGUUCCCGUUUUGUCGGGGAAUUCUCCGAUCGGAUCAGUUGGCAGGAGAACAAGCGAAAUAUUUUUAAAUCCUCCCAAGAGUCAGAAAAUGCAGUCAAACUUCAAAUCGGCGACCAACAAGAACAAUUGUUACCGGGAUCCGUCCAAACAAGGCAUGGAGUGCGUGUGUGUUUCCCGCAAUUCAAAUACGGGAUUCAGACUUCACUCUGCUAUCGUUAGACCAGUGCCGCCCAUGCCAAAAAAGUCAUUUCUCUGUAGGCCUGCCUUGGGCGUACACGCUAUUGAGAUACGAUUCCAAAACGCUGACAGGGCUUGUAUAGCCUCCAGCAUUCCCAAAGACGACACCAGCAGCAGUGGUUCUAGUGUUGCUUCCAGUCUGUCCAACAAGAAUCAAAGUUUACAGCAUGCGUAUGGUAGCUCAAAAACUGGGAGUUACGGACCCGCUCACCAUCAAAGAAAUACAACGUUCAUUGGUCCGUCCAAGCGUAUCAACACGACCAAAGUCGAGCCCACGGUGAUCGUCGGAAACUUGAGGACAUACGACCAUGCUCUGGGUGAACGUAGGGGGUUCAGUGUGCGAAAAGCACGUCAAGCCAUCAGCGCUGACAACAACGUCAAACAGAAAAAUGGCACUUUAACUAGAACCCCAAGCAGUGUCGUCAAAGCCAAUCAUCCCUAUUUCUCUUUUGCACCUCCGGAUGUCAUCGCCACCAGGGGGCGCGUCGGCUGCGAGUCUCAACAGUUCACCAGGCUGAGUGUGGGCGCUUGUUCUGGGGUCACGACCGGUGACAAGACGUCGGCCAGAUCAGGAAAUGACCUCGUGAAGAAAUGUCUUGACCAAAUGUCCUAUUCGUCGCCCAAUGAGAUUUACGGACUCGGCGACUCGUUCUCAAGCGAAAGGAACAACUCCAACGGUGCGACGAGUCAUCGAGAGGACAGCUUCAUCAGACAACAGUUUGUCGGGCGCGUGGUGAGGGUCGAGGGAGACGGGCGGUGUCUGUUUCGUAGUUUGGUCACGGCCGGGUGCCCAAAACUGCAGACGAGCAGGAGGGAUGAGUUCGGACGCCCUGAGCGUUUGAACGACGCCGAUGAGGAAACGGUCAAGGCAGACGAGCUGAGGGCCCUGGUCGUACGUCUGAUGAAAGAUAAUCUGCACUUUUAUUCCCAGCUGGAGAAAGGUGUCAUCAACGCAGACCAGGUAAGUUGGGUGGGUUUGUAAAGGGGUCACCAAUAAUUACUAGGUAAGUUGAAAGAGUUUGUAAAUGGGUCAUCAAUACAGACCAGGUAAUUGGAUGGAUUUGUUAAGAGGUCAUCAAUAAAGACUAGGAAAGUUGAAAGGGUUUGUAAAGGCGUCAUCAACGCAGACCAGGUAAGUUGGGUGGGUUUGUAAAGGGGGUCACCAAUAAAAACUAGGUAAGUUGGAUGUAUUUGUAAAGGGGUCAUCAAUGCAGACCAGGUAAGUUGGAUGUAUUUGUAAAGGGGUCAUCAAUGCAGACCAGGUAAGUUGGAUGGAUUUGUAAAGAGGUCAUCAAUGCAGACCAGGUAAGUUGGAUGGAUUUGUAAAGAGGUCAUCAAUGCAGACCAGGUAAGUUGGAUGGAUUUGUAAAGAGGUCAUCAAUGCAGACCAGGUAAGUUGGAUGGAUUUGUAAAGGGGUCAUCAAUGCAGACCAGGUAAGUUGGAUGGAUUUGUAAAGAGGUCAUCAAUGCAGACCAGGUAAGUUGGAUGGAUUUGUAAAGAGGUCAUCAAUGCAGACCAGGUAAGUUGGAUGGAUUUGUAAAGAGGUCAUCAAUGCAGACCAGGUAAGUUGGAUGGAUUUGUAAAGAGGUCAUCAAUGCAGACCAGGUAAGUUGGAUGGAUUUGUAAAGAGGUCAUCAAUGCAGACCAGGUAAGUUGGAUGGAUUUGUAAAGAGGUCAUCAAUGCAGACCAGGUAAGUUGGAUGGAUUUGUAAAGAGGUCAUCAAUGCAGACCAGGUAAGUUGGAUGGAUUUGUAAAGGGGUCAUCAAUGCAGACCAGGUAAGUUGGAUGGAUUUGUAAAGGGGUCAUCAAUGCAGACCAGGUAAGUUGGAUGGAUUUGUAAAGGGGUCAUCAAUGCAGACCAGGUAAGUUGGAUGGAUUUGUAAAGGGGUCAUCAAUGCAGACCAGGUAAGUUGGAUGGAUUUGUAAAGAGGUUACCAAAUAAAGAGUAAGUUUUUUGGGUGAGUUAGUUAAAAUAUUUACCAAAAGAGGCUGUGUCGUAUUCCUGUCAUUCAUUAAAAGAUUUGAGAGCAAGUGUUUAAUUGUAGCUCCUGUGUCGUAUUCCUGUCAUUCAUUAAAAGAUUUGAGAGCAAGUGUUUAGUUGUAGCUCCUGUGUCGUAUUUCUGUAAUUCAUUAAAAGAUUUGAGAGCAAGUGUUUAGUUGUAGCUCCUGUGUCGUAUUCCUGUCAUUCAUUAAAAGAUUUGAGAGCAAGUGUUUAGUUGUAGCUCCUGUGUCGUAUUCCUGUAAUUCAUUAAAAGAUUUGAGAGCAAGUGUUUAGUUGUAGCUCCUGUGUCGUAUUCCUGUAAUUCAUUAAAAGAUUUGAGAGCAAGUGUUUAGUUGUAGCUCCUGUGUCGUAUUCCUGUAAUUCAUUAAAAGAUUUGAGAGCAAGUGUUUAGUUGUAGCUCCUGUGUCGUAUUCCUGUAAUUCAUUAAAAGAUUUGAGAGCAAGUGUUUAGUUGUAGCUCCUGUGUCGUAUUCCUGUAAUUCAUUAAAAGAUUUGAGAGCAAGUGUUUAGUUGUAGCUCCUGUGUCGUAUUCCUGUAAUUCAUUAAAAGAUUUGAGAGCAAGUGUUUAGUUGUAGCUCCUGUGUCGUAUUCCUGUAAUUCAUUAAAAGAUUUGAGAGCAAGUGUUUAGUUGUAGCUCCUGUGUCGUAUUCCUGUAAUUCAUUAAAAGAUUUGAGAGCAAGUGUUUAGUUGUAGCUCCUGUGUCGUAUUCCUGUAAUUCAUUAAAAGAUUUGAGAGCAAGUGUUUAGUUGUAGCUCCUGUGUCGUAUUCCUGUAAUUCAUUAAAAGAUUUGAGAGCAAGUGUUUAGUUGUAGCUCCUGUGUCGUAUUCCUGUAAUUCAUUAAAAGAUUUGAGAGCAAGUGUUUAGUUGUAGCUCCUGUGUCGUAUUCCUGUAAUUCAUUAAAAGAUUUGAGAGCAAGUGUUUAGUUGUAGCUCCUGUGUCGUAUUCCUGUAAUUCAUUAAAAGAUUUGAGAGCAAGUGUUUAGUUGUAGCUCCUGUGUCGUAUUCCUGUAAUUCAUUAAAAGAUUUGAGAGCAAGUGUUUAGUUGUAGCUCCUGUGUCGUAUUCCUGUAAUUCAUUAAAAGAUUUGAGAGCAAGUGUUUAGUUGUAGCUCCUGUAAUACAUUACAUUGUGUUAUAUUCCUUAGCGCCUGCCCGUUUAUGUAACGUGUCACACUGUUUGUCACAUACCUGGAAAAUUAUCUAUUCACAGCGCUGGUCACAUACAUUUCCUCACACUUUGCAAUGCAUUGUGUCCCUUCCAUGAGACAUACCUUGUCAAAUACCGUGUCACAUUACGAAAUUUUUUGUUGUUGUCGAAUAAAGCAUAUCCAGGCAAUAUAACACAAUAAUGAAUAACAAUCGUUCGGUUUUUUAAAAUGUAAAUCCAGGUUUUAAAAUAAAUUCGACAUUUUAUUUAGCCUUGGUACUAGCAUAAUUUUCUCAAAGCUCCACACGUGAUUCUCAAAGAUCCACACGUGAUUCUCAAAGCUCCACACGUGAUUCGAAAAGCUCCACACGUGAUUCGAAAAGCUCCACACGUGAUUCGAAAAGCUCCACACGUGAUUCGAAAAGCUCCACACGUGAUUCGAAAAGCUCCACACGUGAUUCGAAAAGCUCCAUGCGUAAUUCUUAAAGCUCCGCGCGUGAUUCUAAAAGCUCCACACGUGAUUAUAAAGGCUCCAUACGUGAUUCUAAAAGCUACAAGCGUGAUUCUAAAAACUCCGCACGUGAACCUAUUGCUCUUUAUUUCAUGUCGCUAAUUUUAUUAUUUUUUUCCAUUCUUGAAAUGAUCACGUCAAACUACUACUUUAUCUGUCACGUCCAUGUCACGUCAGCCGGUCACUGGGAACUACCAGAAGUUUCAUGAUCGCCUGGAGGCUAUGUCCAACAACCACACAAUGCCAGGCGAGCUGGAACUCAAUGCCGCGGCUAUGGUCCUAGAACGAAUGAUUUUUGUACUGAACACGGACCUGGUGCUGAUUACAACCUAUGGACAAGACAGAUAUCCCCAGGUAACAUGGCCCAGUUAAAUAAUAGAUAAUAUAGUGUUUUUAUUGUUUUGUUUUUUUAAUAACCACGGAAAAUGGAAAUAUGAAGUAAUAUUAACUUAACUCGGAAGACAGAGGAGGGUACAUGCAUUAAUUUGUGCAAAACAGAAGAUCGGAGAAAAUUAGAAAAAUGAAAUAUUUUGUCAAAAAAUUUUCCUGGCGUUUGAUUAGUUUUUAUGACAAAGAUGAGGAUGCCUUGAUAUUAACAUGAUCAUUUCUUUGAAUGCAGUCCAAACCUCUGGCAGUUCGAUUCACUAGACUGGGGCCGGAUGUCGGCCAUUAUGACGCGGUUGUCCUUGCAGACGAGGAGCCGGGGCAGAACAGCCACCCGAGGACAAUGGGAACGUGCCUCAAAGACACCGUCCUGUCUGCCUGCGAACAGCUUUCGAAGCUGAGUCUCCGUGACGGUAUGGCUAAAAGAAAACGCGUGUUACUCCCAUUGUUGACCGUGGCAUGCGUCACUGUCGGCUUUACUUUGCUCAGAAGUGACAGGAAGUGACGACGCGCCAGCUUUUGACAUAAUAUUUUGUGGGGGUUAUAUACGUAUUUAAAAGCUAUUCAGGUGUGUUUUCUGUCGUAGGAAUUUCUAAACUUUAAAAGUAAAGUCACAGACUUAAAGGCGUUACCCAUUUCAUAUAUUAGCAUCGUGUUUAGUUUAGACCAGUGGUUCUCAACCUUCCUAACGCCGCCGCCAUUUAAUACAGUUCCUCAUGUUGUGAUGACACCCCCCUCCCCCCCAUAGCUUACAAUUUUUUCGUUGCUACUUCAUAAAUAUGUGUUUUUUCCCGAUGGUCUUAGACGACCCCUGUGUACGGGUCACUCGAAGUGGGAAAUGCAUCUAAGAAUUUAUAAGUCAGAGUGUAGAUAGGUAACGUGCAAUUUGCACAAAAGACAGAGGUGGGAAUUCAGGGGACGCUCGUGCAGUUGCUCGUGCUUAGUUACAGGGAGACAUUAUCAAUACCACUAGUAUAUUGUAUUAUUUGGAAAUAUUAUGUAUUCAUGUGUUUGUGACUGCUGUGGUCUUAGUGCUCGACAAUUCGUUUUGCGAUUUAACAGCACAAUAAAGAUUAACUUAAAUUUAAAAUAAUAUCAACGUUCGACCAAAAUCUUUUCAUUUUUCUGGCCCUUUUAUCCCUUGGCGUUGUACUUACUUUUUAACUUACUUUUUAAACUUACUUUUAACUUACUUUUUAACUUACUUUUUUUAUAAAGAUUUAAGACUUCUAAUUUCAAUUUACUUCGUUUUUUAAAAAAAUAAUUUAUGAACCACAUUUUAAGCUGUUUUUUAUUUUUUAUUCGGUUUUUUGUUCUUCUAUUUUUACAAAAUGUUUUUUUAAAAAUGAAUUGCAUUAUGGGCUAGCAAAAUUAAAGAGCAGUGAAAGCAUAUUGACACUUGUGUUAUUUCUUUAAAUUAUUUGACACCGAGUUAUCAUCCGCCAAAAUAUCAAGGGGUUUGCUUUCAUGGUUUAUUCAACAGGCAAAGACUCGAACAACGAUGGCAGCACCGCAUGCGACACGUGUCCUAAUCAAACCAGCGACAACCCCGACAUGCGUAGCUCACCAACGCACAAAGACAUGGGCAACGACCCUGAUAUGUGUAGCUCGCCAACGCACAAAGACAUGAGCAACGCCCCUGAUAUGUGUAGCUCGCCAAAGCCCAAAGACAUCAGCAACGCCCCUGAUAUGUGUAGCUCACCAACGCACAAAGACAUGAGCAACGACUCUGAAGUGCGAUACUGGUCGUGUCAUAAACAAACCAGCCACGCCCCUGACGUGCGUUACUCGCCGCGUCAAAAACAAACCAGGAACGCCUCUAACGUGCGCUACUCGUCGUGUCAUAAACAAACCAGCGACGCACCUGAAGUGCGUUACUCGUGUUGCCGUCAGCAAACCAGCGACGCCUCUGAAGUGCGUUACUCACCAUCGAGUAAACAAACCAGCGAUGCCCCUGAAGUGCGUUACUCGUGUUGCCAUCAGCAAACCAGUGAUGCCCCUGAAGUGCGUUACUCGUGUUGCCAUCAGCAAACCAGCGACGCCUCUGGCGUGCGUUACUCGUCGUGCCAUCAACAAAUCGGCGAUGCCCUUGAAGUGCGUUACUCGUCAUGUCAUCCACAAACCAGCGACGCCCCUGAAGUGCGUUACUCGUCAUGUCAUCCACAAAACAGCGACGCCCCUGAAGUGCGUUGCCCGCCAGCAGGCCCCUUUGAAUGCAACCAGACUUCGCGAUCCCCUGUCCUUGGCCGUAUUGAGAUGAACAGGGGCGUGGACCUGCCUACGCCUGGAAACACGCGCGAAACAUUGCCGCCCUGUACGAGUAACAACAACAAAGGGCUUUUCGCGAGGCGUAGAAAAGCGAGACGGAAAUACACCCACGUAGGCACGCGGGCAUCAAGAGUAGUCUUCAAGCGGGAAAACACGAGCAGGUACAAAGCCAGGAGAGUUCACGUUUGCGGUUUACUAUCAUCGGGCGGUCGGUCAAACAGCGCAACUUAUGCCAUAGUGCCGCAGUGCAAGUGGACGACCAAACGCGAUGGGCAGGACAAAAACUACAACAGUAGGUCUGGCGUCAGGAAGAGGAGAGACCGCUCUAGGAGCGAUUCAGAUUCGUCCCCGGAAAGAAAGAAAAAAUACCGUAAAUUCAGCCCGAGUACUUCCGGUAAGAAGAAACCACCAGGUCGUCAGCGCGGCGGGUCCAGUAAAGAAAGCAGAUACUGCCGAACCGACAGUACGCCUGGGACAUCCAAGGACAAGGGCAAGCAGGCGGUGGUCAAACGCAAGCCCGUCAAGCGUAGUAAAUCUGUGCGCUCAUCAAACAGUUCGGACACCAACGUCAAUCCGGACGUUGAAGUGCAGCCCCCGAAACCGCCUCGGUUGCCCGAGGCCUUCACGUUUGGGCAGUGCCAGUGCUUGCUGUGCAGGAAGAUCGUCGUGAUGACCAGCGCCAGUUCGUCGUGGCUGAAAUGCUACCUCUGCGGCCGCGUGGCUCACAGGGAAUGCGUGGUCAAGCACUCGCCCGCCUGGGGACGAGGAAAAGACGAUGAUAUUUAUUUUUUGUGCAACGACUGUGUCCCGGAGUGAGCUCCCGAGGAACCGAAGUCAAGAGAAAAUUUGAAGAAGGCCAGCUGUGGUUUUAUUUGGAAAAAGAAAUGUCAAUAUUAUGAAUGUAUUUGCAGCGCCAACGCCCUCCCGCUUUUCAAAAGUGGUCCGUUUCUAAACGUCAGAGAACUGAAUGAAAAAUUAAAGGAACCUAAGAUGACGUGUCCAUUACUAAGACAGUUGAAAAAAUAUUUCUUUCAACUUUAAUCAUCAUUACCAUUUAUAUCGGUGCGUAGAAAGAACAAAAAGUCGA